GGGGUUUUCUUCCGUAAUUUGGCCUAAAUAGUAUAUAUUUGUCUGAAAGCGUGGUUUGUUAUGCUUACUUGGCGCCUGCACUAAAAUCGCUAACGGUAAGAAUAAAACAAACAACGCUUUCGAAUUACAAAAAUAUAUAUUUAUAUAUUCCGUCAUUUUUAAAGCGAUCCAAUGUUCUUGUCUUUUUUCUUCUGAAACGUAAUCUCCGCCCCUUUUCAGCGGGAGUCCCAAUUUCACCAUUUGAAUAUCAGUCGUUUCGUGAAUAAAAAUGUGAGUUUGAUCUCCUCUAUUUUAUUCAUCAUCCACAAGCAUCUGCUGCUACUCUUUCUCCCUUUAACGGAAUUGUGCCCUGGGGUUUUCAAAUCCGUGUUUCCCUCGUCUUCAAUUUUAGGUUUUCUACGACGAUUGAGGUUCGUUCGAUUCUGGAUUUCUAAUUUUAUUGUUUGCAGAUUCGAUAAAUUGAAGUUUGUCUCAGGUUAUAAACCCCAAGGGUUUUAUGGUUAAUUGUGAUUUAUGGUAGCAGUAACUAUCUCGUGAUUACGAUUUUGGGCAGUAAUUGUGUUUAGUUAAUUUUAAUAGCUUCGUUCUCAUUUGAUUGAUGUCUUCGUCUCAACCCACUUUUUUCGCGAAUAAUUGCUUGCCGCCAUUAAGCCCUUUCCCACCCAAUGAGUCUCCACUGGUUUCAUCAAACUCAAAUUUGAAAAACGUUUUCGUAGAGGAAACAGAUGUGAGCUCACGUGGGCCCACAACCGGUCUCUCUUCUCCGAGGGAAUAUCCUUUUUUCGGUAAUAACAUUAACGGCCACCCACCUCGUAAAGGGCAUCGCCGUUCUAACAGUGAUGUUCCGUUAGGAUUCUCGGCUAUGAUUCAGUCUUCCCCUCAGUUAGUACCCAUAGGCAGACAUGAAAUUCUGUGCAGUACUACAGGAAAUAAUAAUCCCAUUGGUCUGAAAAGACAAGGAAUCGAUGGAGUUGGUUACGGUAUUGGUAAGAAAUCGGAGGGGGAGGUUGUUGACGAGCUGUUUGAUGCAAACGAUAAAGAAAGUUUAUCGAGGCAGAAUAAGAGUUCUAGGGUUGUUACAUCACAAUUUCGGCACUGUAGGAGUCUUUCAAUGGAUGGAAAUUUUCGAUUCGGUGACUCGUCUAGUAAUCGAGUGGAUCAGCUGUCACCGAGAAAUUCAUUGAGCGAAAACCCGGCGAAGAUCGGUUUGGAAUUUGGACAUGGUGAAUUUAGUGAGAUUGAGCUGAAAAAGAUUAUGUCUGAUGAAAGGCUAGCAGAAAUCGCAGUAACCGAUCCAAAACGAGCAAAGAGGAUAUUAGCAAAUCGACAGUCAGCUGCUCGUUCGAAAGAGAGGAAGACACGUUAUAUAUCUGAAUUGGAACACAAGGUGCAGACUCUGCAAACAGAGGGCACCUCGCUUUCGGCUCAAAUAACUGCUGUGCAGAAAGAGCUUGCUGAAUUAACUAAUCAGAACAACGAGUUGAAAUUCCGGAUUCAAGCUAUGGAGCAACAAGCACAUCUCCGAGACGCCCUGCACGAGUCAUUGACCGCUGAAGUACAGCGUUUGAAGCUUGACGAUAUGGAGUUUAGAGAAGAAGGUGGUAGAGCAUCUAAUGUUACUGCUGUACAAAUGAAACAUCACAUCUUUCCAAUGCAGAGACAACAACAUAAUCAAAUACAACGAAUGUCUGUAACAACAUCGAAAACCUCGACUACGGUUUCAGCUGCUCCAGCCUCCGCGUAGUCGAAUCCUUAAGUUGGUCGAUUAUUUGGUAAUCUACAGUAUCUGGUAAUGCUGAUAUAUAAUGAUGUGGUUGGUUUUAGACCAGUAGUAUAUCAUACUGCAUACAUAGGUUGUGUGUUUAUUUUGUUGUUGUAUUUAUUUUAAAAUUCAUAAAUUUGGGUUGCUUUACUUAUAUAGUUAUAUAUAUAUAAAAAAAUGAAUUUAUGUAUUUUAGUCUUGGAAUCCACGUGUCAAAAGAUGCUUCCGCCGACACGUUCGGCGCGGCACAUGGGACUCACAUAUAUAUGUUGUUACUGUCAAAAUGGUGCGCAUGCCAUGUCAGUGCUGCCGGAAUGGUGCACCGCUGUGAUUAUAUUUUUGUAUAUUAUAUGGACCAAUCAUUGGGCCCCACUCGAUAAAUUACGCCACUACUGGGCUUUGUUU